AUGCAUAGACUGCGUCUGUUGAAUGCAGAGCAUACAAGUACCCGUGAAAGUCCUGCAAAACUUUUCAAAUCUCGAAUUCUCAAAAAGCAUCUGAUGUCCACGACUUCUAAUGUACAUUAUUACAAAGAGAAAGACUAUAGACCUUCUGUUGGAAUUAUACUACAAAAAAUGGGAAAUCGAGUGGUGAAGAUAUUAGACAUCAAAGAUCACUCAGUUCAUAACAGACACCUGGACAAAGUGACAAUAAAUGAAGUAGGUCGUUCCAAUUAUUAUUUUAAUGAUUCCGCUAAUAAUCCUGAUUUUGUAGAUAAUUCAGAAAUAGGUCCAGAUAAUACUGAUGAAAAUAAUAUCACAGAAUCAGUUAGAAGGUCGCAGCUACUUGCAAGCAAACCGAGACAUCGUUAUAAAUACGCAAGGAGAUAUUCGACGUGUGGCGGAUGUGGUGAUUGACAAUUUCUAUCUCUGUAUUGUUUAAAAACUUACUGUUGACUGUUAAUAUGUUUCAUAUAUGAAUUGCAUAAUAAUUCCGCUAAAUACAAAUUCCUGAAUUCCGCCCUCUCUGUGUUUUGUUUGGAUUCUUGUAAUU